AAAGAAAUGCUUCUCGCGACUCCAGGGCUGCCUAGGAGGAGCGGCAUGGCCUCAGGCGUGACCAUCACCCUAACCAUUGCAAUCUUUGCCUUGGAGAUCAAUGCACAGGCCCCAGAGCCCACUCCCCGGGACGAGCCAUCAGCAGACUCCCUCCUACCAAUAGACUGCAGAAUGAGCACAUGGAGUCAGUGGUCACAGUGUGAUCCUUGCCUCAAACAAAGGUUUCGCUCAAGAAGCAUUGUAGCCUUCGGACAGUUUCAGGGGAAAAGCUGUACUGAUGCUUUGGGAGACAGACAACAUUGUGAACCCACUCAGGAGUGCGAAGAGGUACAGGAAAACUGUGGGAAUGACUUUCAGUGUGAAACAGGCAGGUGCAUAAAGAGGAAACUUCUAUGUAAUGGUGACAACGACUGUGGAGAUUUUUCUGAUGAGAGUGACUGUGAAAGUGACCCACGCCUCCCGUGCCGUGACCGAGUGGUAGAAGAAUCAGAACUGGGACGAACAGCAGGCUAUGGGAUCAACAUCUUAGGGAUGGAUCCCCUGGGCACGCCUUUUGACAAUGAGUUCUACAAUGGACUCUGUGACCGGGUACGGGACGGAAACACUUUGACAUACUAUCGCAAACCUUGGAACGUAGCAUUUCUGGCCUAUGAAACCAAGGCUGACAAAAAUUUCAGAACUGAGAAUUACGAAGAACAGUUUGAAAUGUUCAAAACCAUCGUCCGAGACAGGACCACGAGUUUUGAUGCAAAUUUAGCUCUAAAAUUCACAAUCACUGAAGCACCUAUAAAAGAAGUUGAAGUUGAAGUCAGCCCAGAAAAAAACUCUUCAAAGCCUAAAGACUCUUCUGCUAAUUUUCAAUUUUCGUAUUUCAAGAAAGAAAAUUUUCAACGAUUGUCAUCCUACUUGUCACAGACGAAAAAGAUGUUUCUGCAUGUGAGAGGAAUGAUUCAACUGGGGAGAUUUGUCAUGAGGAAUCGGGGCGUUAUGCUGACGACAACUUUCCUGGAUGAUGUAAAGGCUUUACCAGUUUCCUAUGAAAAGGGAGAAUAUUUUGGAUUUUUGGAAACCUAUGGGACUCACUACAGUAGCUCUGGGUCCCUGGGAGGGCUCUACGAACUGAUCUAUGUCUUGGAUAAAGCUUCCAUGAAAGAGAAAGGUGUUGAACUGAGCGACGUAAAGCGGUGUCUUGGGUUUAACCUGGAUGUUUCUCUACAUACUCCUCUACAAACCGCCUUAGAAGGACCAUCAUUGACAGCCAAUGUUAAUCACAGUGAUUGCUUAAAGACAGGGGAUGGCAAAGUAGUAAACAUCAGCCGCGAUCACAUCAUAGAUGAUGUUAUUUCAUUCAUAAGAGGAGGGACCAGGAAGCAAGCAGUUCUCCUGAAAGAGAAGCUUCUCAGAGAAGCCAAGACGAUUGAUGUGAACGACUUCAUCAAUUGGGCCUCAUCCUUGGAUGACGCUCCAGCUCUCAUUAGUCAAAAACUGUCCCCUAUCUAUAAUCUCAUUCCUUUGACAAUGAAAGAUGCAUACGCAAAGAAACAGAAUAUGGAAAAGGCUAUUGAAGACUAUGUGAAUGAAUUCAGUGCUAGAAAGUGCUACCCAUGUCAAAACGGAGGCACAGCAAUUCUUCUGGAUGGACAGUGCAUGUGCUCCUGCACUAUCAAGUUUAAGGGGAUUGCCUGCGAAAUCAGUAAACAAAAAUAGCCUUCAGGAAACAAAGCAAACCCUGGUUCACAUGGAAGGGGGAAAAAGGACAAAAAAAAAAAAAAAGAAGAAGAAGAAGAAGAAAAAGAAAAAGAAAAAACCCCAGGACUUUCCAACUUAGCAUCCUACCCUAGAGCGAAUCCUCACUGCCAAGUAGAGAGCAGCUUGCUUCAUGGAAAUCCUACCAACCUCUGAUGUCGUCUCUGUUUCAGGUCUACAGUGCCUUUCUCCCCUCUUUAAUGCCUAUAAUGCUUCCAUUUUUUUUAUUCCCUAAUGAAGAAUCGGCAGUGAGAUAUGCCAGGACUGCCUUUUCCCACAGGCAAUGCCAAUCUCUUGCUAAUAAAACAAAAUUAAAUUAAAAACA